AUGACCUGGUGCGGUGCGUGCCCACCACAGCCCGCCGCCCCCAGGCUGCUGCGGAGCGCGGUGCGGAGCCUGGGGCCGCCGUCGAGGGACGCGGAGUCCCUGUCGCGGGAGCAGGCCCUGCUCUACCUCUUCGCGCUGCACGACCACGACCGGAGCGGGCGGCUCGACGGGCUGGAGCUGCUGGAGCUGCUGGGCGCCGUGCUGGAGCGGCGGGAUGGGGGGCGACCGGACGCCCAGGCGGUGGCCGCGCUGGUGGACCGGACCCUGGAGCGGCAGGACCUGAGCGGGGACGGGCUGCUCGACCCCCCCGAGCUGCUGCUGUCACCCGGCCGGGGACCCCCGGGACAGCCCCUCCUGCAGCAUCCCGGGGAGCCCGGAGCGGGGGCUGCGCCCAGAGGGGAUGCGGGGGGACACAUGGGGAGCAGCAGCCUGGCAGAGGGGCAGGGGGUGCCUGGCGGCGGUGCCCACCCAGAGGGGGAGGCAGCCCCCCAGGCUGAAAACAUGAAGGUGGAGGAAGCCCCCGAAGCUGAAGCCCCUGAGGCUGAAGGCCCCGACGGUGAAGCCAUCGAGGUGGAGGAAGCCCCUGAGACUGAAACCCCAGAGGCUGGAGCCCCCGAGAGCGAGACCCCCGAGGCUGGAGCCCCCGAGGGGGAGACAGCCACAGUUUGGGGGGACCCCGGGGAGGAGUAG